CACCUGGACGUCCGCGUGCGCGGGGCGGGCGCUAGGACCCGAGCGGCGCACCUGUUGGCUGGCGCCCCGGGCCCCGCCCGCCACCCCGAGCGCCCGGCCCGGCGAGGGCGAAGGCAGGAGGGACGGUGCGAGCGGGGGGCACCGGGUGGUGGUGGCGGCGGCGGCCCCGGGAUCACCAUGGCCGAGCUGCUCUGGAGCCUGCAGGAUUCCCAGCUCGUCGCCCGCUUCCAGCGCCGCUGCGGGCUCUUCCCCGCGCCGGAUGAAGGCCCCGGCGAGCCCUGUGCUGGCCCCGCGGAGGGCGCGGCGCGGGCGCCCGGGCUCGGGCAUCUCCCCGCAGCCAAAGGCAGGGGCGCCGGGGAGCCGGCCAGUGGGCUGCGGAGAGUCGCGGUCCCGCAGGCUUAUGUACAGAAGUACAUUGUGAAGAAUUAUUUCUACUAUUACCUAUUCAGAUUUUCAGCCGCUUUGGGACAAGAAGUGUUCUACAUCACAUUCCUUCCAUUCACUCACUGGAAUAUUGAUCCUUAUUUGUCCAGAAGACUGACCAUAAUAUGGGUUUUGGUGAUGUAUAUUGGCCAGGUGGCCAAGGAUGUCUUGAAGUGGCCCCGCCCCUUCUCCCCUCCUGUUGUGAAACUGGAGAAGAGAGUGAUCGCUGAGUAUGGGAUGCCGUCCACCCACGCCAUGGCAGCCACCGCCAUCUCCUUCACCCUCCUUAUCUCUACCACGGACAGAUACCAGUAUCCCUUUGUUUGGGGACUGAUGACGGCUGUGGCGUUUUCCACGUUGGUGAGUCUCAGCCGACUUUACACUGGGAUGCACACGGUCCUGGAUGUGCUGGGUGGCAUCCUGAUCACCGCCAUCCUCAUCGUCCUCACCUACCCCGCCUGGACCCUCAUCGAUCGCCUGGACUCGGCCAGCCCCCUCUUCCCUGUGUGUGUUCUGGUGGUACCAUUCUUCCUGUGUUACAAUUACCCCGUGUCUGAUUACUACAGCCCGACCAGAGCGGACACCACCACCAUCAUGGCUGCCGGCGCUGGGGUGACCAUAGGAUUCUGGAUCAACCAUUUUUUCCAGCUCGUGUCCAAGCCCACGGAAUCCCUCCCUGUUAUUCAGAACAUCCCACCGCUCACCAGCGACCUGUUAGUUUUGGGUCUGACCAAAUUUACUGUGGGAAUUGUGCUGAUUCUCCUGGUUCGUCAACUCGUACAAAAUCUCUCGCUGCAAGUGUUGUACUCCUGGUUCAAGGUGGUCACCAGAAACAAGGAGGCCAGGCAGAGGCUGGAGAUCGAAGUGCCUUACAAGUUUGUCACCUACACGUCGGUUGGCAUCUGUGCUACCACCUUUGUGCCAAUGCUACACAGGUUUCUGGGAUUACUGUGAGCCUCAAGUGGUGGGAAAUUAGCUCACUGGACAUGAGAGCAAGACACCAAAAAGCUGUUGAGUGGGGAAGCUGACGACACAUUUUUCUUUAAAAAAAAAAAAAAUUCCCUGUGUCACAUGUCUGUUUUGCUGAUACCUGAGAUAAAUGUUGCUGCUUUAUGGAAGGAAAAAUGGUCUCACGUGACCACUAGCCUGCAAGCGUCAUGUUGCAGAUGAAGCCAGGCAGACCCCCAGCUGAGUUCUUUAAGGCGCCCCACCCUGUCCAUUACUUGGACUUUGGACCCGUCCUGGGCUGGCAGGAGUUGUGGCCUGGCUUAGGAAUGGCCACAAGCCCCCCUGGGUUCUGCAGAGCCUGAAGAGACGGGCAUGAUCCAGGAGGCUGGACGUCGGGCGUUCCUUUUCAGCUGUGACCUUGCCCCGCACUGAGUCUCAUUUCCAAAACUGGAAUGUUGGUCCAAGAGAAAGGGGGCGCCACGUGAAACUGCGUUCCUUGGACAGGGCGACUUUCUGGUCGUGAUGAUCACAUUAGACAGUGCCUGCUUGGGGGGAAAGAGCACUGUGACCCUCGCUGGGAAGCAUGAAACGCGGGGGCAGAGCUGGCGAGGUCACGGGCAUGAGCCUGCUUUCCUUAUGCAUCCUGGUCUCUGUCAGGUGCAUACUGGACAGGGAUCCUCUCCUCCUCGUUUGUACACUUUGCAAGAUUCCAGGCACCAUUUCUAUCCUCUUCUGACCCAUGAACCCAACUGGCUGCUCCCUUCUCACCUCAUCUGAGUGUCCUGCUCUGUCCUGCAUCAGAGUGACUUGGGACAAGCCCUCUGCUUCAGCUUUUUUGCUUCCUUACAAACUGGGAAGACAGUGUUGUCUGUCCGUGAAAGUGGAUCAAUAGAAGAACAGAGGAACAUAAUUCUUCCUGGGGCCUGACAGAGGGAAUAGGCCUCCCUCCCUGACACUGUUCCUCCACUUAGUUUCCUAAAUCUAUUUGCUCAUCUGAAUAGAACCAGUGGCUCCCUUUCCAUCUUCCCACCUCUUUCUCACCUCUUGGCAAUUUGAAGGGUAAUUAAUGCAAGAACCACAUCAGCCUCUCUUAGGAAAAGAAGCCAACAAAAUACAACACCCUUUAAAUCUCGGGAGAGUCCUUAGACUUAGGAAGGUGGUCAUUAUGCAGACAACCCCCUGCAGGGGCUCCUCUUCAGUUCUUAAGAAUGAGGAGGAACAGGUAUCAACAAUGUUCUUAAAAGUGAGUAUCAACAUGUAAUUAACAACGUGUCUUUUGCGUGUAGUGCCUGAGCUGCUGAAACCAACGAUUUAUAACCCUCUUGCAUCCUCACCAUGCACACACUUCGGGGGAAAAUUAGCCUGCCUGGAGAGUCAGGCCCUUACCUCUGCAUCCAGCGUGAAAACUGAACACCCGUUUCUCCUGAUUUUGAAUACGCACCCUGGCCUUUUGGUUGUGAUGAUCCUUAGUAUUUGACCUAAUGCUCCAGUUUAUUGAAAAGAAUAAUUGUAAGACAUCCUAAUUUUCCUUCAAAUUCUUCUGACAUUUUUCAUAGUUAGAAGGCAGGGGUCAAAAUGACCUGCCGUUUGCCUGUUUUUAGAUCAUACUCUGACCAGUAUUUGUGGCACCGUGAUGGGGAGAUGCCCCAGCUCACGGGCACCCCUGCCCUAGGCUGCCCCACAAUGCAGUGCACGGGGCACUUCCCUGUACCUCCGUCCCCACAGGCUGCCAAACCCGAGGUCACAGUGCUAGCUAAUAUUUACGCGAAAUGAUUUUAGUUGAUUUCUCUGAAGCCAACUAGCAAAAGGAUCAGCCUUUUCCACUUGUAUCUUUUGUGAAGGGCCAUAAUUACUGUCACAGCAGUGGGUGUGGGUGAUUCACUUGUGUGCGUGUGUACAUUUUACUGAUGUCCUUUCGUUUUAAGUCCCAACAAUAGGAUUGCGAUCAGCUGUAUUAUAUAUUUAAGGCUGUAUUUACACAAUUUGGAUUGAGGAUGAAUAUGAAUAUGAAUAUAACAGCUCGUUAAAGAAAGACCCGUGGAUUUGUCAUGGUUGGUCGCUUUUCAAAGUCUCUUGAUAUAGCAUCUGAAGAAUAAAAUGUGCAUAUUGGUGAGGCCAAGCUUAGUUUUUGAGCACUACAGUUCUGUGGCUUAGAAACUGGUUGGAAAAGUCCUUACCUGAUUCAAACUGCAGCUCGGCCAGCCCUCUUCACUCACUUCACACAGCGCUUCACUCUGUUAGACCCUCACACCCUCUCAGUCUCUCCUUCACGCACGCACACACACGCCCCUUCAAAGACUAUGCCUUGUGUCUCUGACCUUUGGAUUUUCUCUCUGGGGAAAGACUGCCCCCUGCUGGCUUGCGUCAGGCUUGGUCCAGAGCCUCUCUCUUGAGCGGGAGUCCUGGAGAUGAAGUUUCAGAAUCCAGCUCACCGUGAUGUAUCCAAUCUAAGCUUAGGACCUGCGGUCUGGCCAGUCCUGAACUUGGAAAUGGUGACAGCAGAGCCAUUGGGGUCGUUGGCCCCUCCAGGAAGAACACACGCCCUGUUCCUGGCGGUCCUCAUCCUGCCCCCAGCCCACCACCUCUCUGGACCAGGACAUCAUCCUGUGCCUGUCAUUUUAAACAGCCAUCAUCUCAGGCCAGCUUUGCUCGGACUUGCACCAUAACAGAAUAUGCAAAAGAAAACGCAGACGAGACCAUGAACUAAAAACCCUAAACAGCUGAAAUCGCCCCUCCACAUGCCUGCAGAUCACAGUGUAGCACAAGAUUUUCUUGCCCAAAUAGGCGACUCAUGCUUCCCGAGUGUAACCAAACCAUGUGGUGUUUCGGGGCCAUAGGCUCCGGGUUUCUAUUUUGGAAACUUUCAGCUGUCUUAUGUACCAUAUGUAAAUUUAUUCUUUUUAAAAUAAAAUCAUUUUUCUUUGAUUAAA